CGCUCCCUUUAUCGGGAAAUAUUGCCCCAGUCCACUCGCAACUCUGCAAGCUCAGACUUCUGCCCUGUUGGAGCAUCGCAGCUGCAGUCGUCCUCCUCUGCCCCUCCAUUGCUAAAUCCUUUCUCUGAGCCGCCGCCGCCGCCGCCGCCGCCACUCCUACUGUAGACGACAUAUAUAUCCACUUUCUCACCUCUUCCGCUUCUUGUCUCAGAGAACUGAACUGCACCAAUUUGUUGAGUAAUGGCUCUGUCUGGCUCGAGAAGAAUUUUACGCUCAUUUGGUUUAUUUCACAGUCAGUCAUUUCGAGGUUCUAAUGAUCUUUAUGGCAAUGUCUCUGGAAACUUGUUUCCUUCGGAGUCCUCAAUCUUUGUCAAGGAUGUGCCUUUUCGAAGGCUUUCAACUACCAUCCUUACUCCUGGAACUGGUGAUGGUUCUUCAUUUCCCGUCGAUUCAACUAAAAGGUCUAUACUAAUGCCCGAUCGUAAAGUAGGACUCUAUGAAGACCUGGUAAUUCCUGUUACAAAUUUUCUUAAUGAGGAGAAGGGAUUAAUGAUUUUGGCUGGUGAUGUUUUUGAUGUACCUAUAAGGAAGGAUAUCAUUCAUCGUGUUGUGCUAUGGCAACUUGCAAAGCGGCAACAGGGGACACAUUCAACAAAAACUAUUAGUGAGGUUAGUGGGACUGGGAAGAAGCCAUAUAACCAAAAGGGUACUGGAAGAGCGAGGCAUGGGACAUUGCGUGGACCUCAGUUUAGGGGUGGUGCUACUAUGCACGGCCCUAAGCCGCGAAGUCAUGCAAUCAAGCUGAAUAAGAAGGUUCGGCGCCUUGGGCUGAAGAUUGCUCUUACUGCUCGUGCAGCAGAAGGGAAGCUUCUGGUUUUCGAUGACUUGGAGGUCCCGACUCAUAAAACCAAGAACAUUGUUAACCAUGUCAACGAAAUGGAGAACACCAAGAAAUUGCUGCUUGUGGACGGGGGCCCCAUAAAUGAAAAGCUGAAGUUAGCUACACAGAAUCUACAUUAUGUCAACGUACUACCCUCAAUUGGUCUGAACGUAUACAGCAUCUUGUUGCACGACACAUUGGUGAUGUCCCGUGCUGCAGUGGAUAGGAUUGUUGAGCGGAUGCACACUCCAAUUAACCGUUGAAAUUUGGUGACUUUAUGUGCUUAGCUAUAUCCCCUUUAAUUCAGAGUAUGGCUUUCUUUCCCUUUUCCCAGUAGCAGAGAUGGUGAAAAAUAAUUCGUGUACGUUGUGGGUGGAUCUCCAUUCCUUGUAUUAGCAGGCUUUUGUAGUUGAGUUUUGUUCAAUUUCAAAAUAUGGAUUUGCAUUUCUUAGACAUGCAAAUCCCUCGCUUAUGCUCAAGUAAUAGAAAGACUCUAAUCAACGAUUAACAGGA